AAAAGACGGACGAGAAGUAAACAAAGGCGAAGGAUGCAUGCGACGCCUCCCAGUGACGCCCCGUCUCUGGGACGGAGGUCCUCUACAUGCACUCUCCCCUUCGCAAAGGCCUCGUCCAAGAUCGAACACUCUUCACCCCUCCUAGCUGGUGGCGACGUCAUGGGAGCGCCAGUGCCCCGCACGGCUCCCCUUUCCUCGUGCGCUGCUGGCUUGCCUCUUUCUGAUAAGGAGGAUCGGGGAGGGCCUGAUGGGGAUGCUCAUUGGGCCUAAUCAUGAGAGGACACUCUAUCUUUCACUGCAGCCUG